UCCCAAGUCACAAGCAUGCAAACCACGAACACACCAUCCAAAUACCAAAAACAAUGGCAGCCAAACUCGAGUUCCUCCUUUUUUUCCUUAUAGCUCUCUCAUCUCUUUCUUCAUUCUUCUCACUGGCCAUUUCCUCCGGUGACCUCAACUGGUGGUGCGACAAAACUCCUUAUCCAAACGAAUGCAAACAGCACGUGGCAAAAGAUCAUAGUCAACAUUUCCGUUCCUUUCCGAAACAGAAACGCGAUUUCCGCAAGCUGGCGAUUCAAACCGCCUUGGAGAAUGCACUGAAAGCCGGAGCUCAUACAAAGAACCUCAAAUCCAGAUGCAAAACCGAGCGCGAAAAGUCCGCGUGGGCCGAUUGCGUGGAGCUCUACGAGAACACCGUUCUCCAGCUCAACCGGACCGUCGAUCCAAUCACAAAGUGUACCGAUUUCGAUACACAAACGUGGCUCAGCACCGCCUUGACUAACCUCGACACGUGCCGAACCGGGCUGAUCGAGCUCGGGGUUGCCGAUCAUUUCUUGCCCCUCAUGUCCAACAACGUGUCCAAAUUGAUAUGCAACACUUUGGCCCUCAACAACAACGGGUCCACGGAGAUGCAAACCGAUUACGAAAACGGUUUCCCGACUUGGGUUAAGCCCGGAGACCGGAAGCUGCUACAAUCGUCUACUGUUAGGCCCAGUGUUGUGGUGGCUCAAGAUGGUACGGGAAAUUAUAGGACUAUAAAGGCUGCGCUUGAUGCCGCAGCGAAAAGAAGCGGAAGCGGCAGGUUUGUUAUACAUAUAAAGAGGGGAGUUUACAGGGAAAACCUUGAGAUUGGGAAUAGCCUGAAGAAUAUCAUGUUGGUUGGAGAUGGAUUGCGUUAUACUAUUAUCACUGGCAGCCGAAGUGUUGUUGGAGGAUCCACCACCUUCAAUUCUGCUACUGUUGCUGUGACCGGCGAAGGGUUCAUUGCCCAGGGCAUUACUUUCCGUAACACGGCAGGCCCACAAAAUCACCAAGCCGUAGCACUCCGAUCCGGAUCAGAUCUCUCCGUAUUUUAUCGUUGCGGUUUCGAAGGAUAUCAAGACACUCUUUACGUCCAUUCCCAACGCCAAUUCUACAAAGAAUGCUACAUCUACGGAACCGUAGACUACAUAUUUGGAAACGCGGCUGUGGUUUUCCAAAACUGUAUGAUAUACUCCAGACGACCCAUGGCCGGACAGAAAAACACCGUAACAGCCCAAGGCCGAACCGACCCGAACCAAAACACGGGAAUCUCGAUCCACAACUCCCGAGUAAUGGCCGCACCCGACCUCAGCCCGGUGCUCAGCUCAUUCAAAACGUACUUGGGUAGACCAUGGAAGCAGUAUUCACGGACGGUUUUUCUUCAAUCGUAUUUUGAAUCUUUGGUCGACCCGGCUGGUUGGCUUGAAUGGGACGGUGAUUUUGCGCUCAACACGUUGUAUUAUGGUGAGUAUAAGAACUAUGGACCGGGUUCUUCUACGAGUAGAAGGGUUCAAUGGCGUGGUUACCGAGUCAUAACGAGUCCGUCUGAAGCCUCGCGUUUCUCCGUUGAAAAUUUCAUCGCCGGUCGCUCUUGGCUACCUGCUACCAAUGUGCCAUUCACUGCAGGUCUCUGAUUCGCUAGAGCCCACCAGAUUAUUUCCAUUUCAUUCAUUUUGUUGAUUAAUUAUGGUUUUGUCAAUUUCUCCCGUUCUUAUUGUUUGUUGAUUUCCAUCCAUUGGUUCAAAAUUGUAAAUUGUAAUAUUCUUCUGUCGAUUAUGUAAUUCAUCGAUAUGUCUUCAUAUUGUAAUUCAUGCACAUAUCAAAUACGAGUAUUCCAUACAAUAAUGAAAUUUGCUCCA